AUGGUUUAUGUGGUAAUUGUCAAACUGGGCGUGGUGGCUGGCGUUGCCUUUGCCACCAAGCAGCUGGGAGUCUGGGAGAGCUCGGAGCAUUCGGCUGUGCUCUUGGAGAAUGCCAGAGAAAAUCUUCGGCCCUACGCGAAGAACCUGAAGGACAGGAUCUGCUGCUGGAAGAGCCCGGAGCAAUGCGAAGAGGAAUUCGAGCCGAUGCCAUGGCGAGACUCCUUCGUGGACUCCUGGAAUGACACCGUCAAGAAAGCCUUCAACAUGCUGAAUCAGACGCCUACCUACGUUCAGCACUUUGCAGAGGAUGUGGAGAAGGCCGUAAACAACUUCGGCAAGGAAAAGGAACCCAAAAUCGUGGAGCAAACGCAAAAGAACCAGAAAGCUAUAAAUUCCACAAAAUCGGACUAA